UGACGAGUCAUCAUAAAUAACAUUUCGACCAACAAAAACUAAAAAAAAAAACUAUUAAAAAUAAUAAUUCACUUCCUUGGAUCAUCGUCCAUCUCCUGGCUCUCUCUCAUCAGAUCCUUGAAUCGAGAAGAACCGUUUGAAUACUCGCAUCAGUGAGUUUGUUAUUGGAGAGGAAGGGAUAAGGCGGAGAUGGUGAAGAUGACAUUGAUAGCUCGUGUUACUGACGGGUUGCCUCUAGCAGAGGGACUCGACGAUGGACGUGACUUACCAGAUUCCGACAUGUAUAAGCAACAGGUCAAGUCUCUGUUCAAGAAUCUCUCCAGAGGUCAUAACGAAGCUUCGAGAAUGUCUGUUGAAACUGGGCCCUAUGUUUUCCAUUAUAUCAUAGAAGGACGUGUUUGCUACUUGACAAUGUGUGACCGCUCUUACCCAAAGAAACUCGCGUUCCAGUACCUUGAAGAUCUCAAGAAUGAGUUUGAACGUGUGAACGGGCCUAACAUUGAGACAGCUGCUCGACCUUAUGCCUUUAUUAAAUUUGAUACGUUCAUACAGAAAACGAAGAAACUGUACCAAGACACUCGUACGCAACGAAAUAUUGCUAAGCUGAAUGAUGAACUCUAUGAGGUCCAUCAGAUAAUGACGCGGAAUGUUCAGGAAGUCCUAGGUGUUGGUGAAAAGCUGGACCAGGUGAGCGAGAUGUCGAGUAGGCUAACUUCUGAAUCUCGUAUAUAUGCUGACAAGGCUAAAGAUUUGAACCGUCAGGCUUUGAUCCGGAAAUGGGCACCAGUAGCGAUCGUGCUCGGUGUAGUUUUCCUUCUUUUCUGGGUCAAGAACAAGCUAUGGUAAAUGAAAGGAGGAACUUAAAGGCUAUUUCCAUAAUUUAGCAGACUUGGCCAGCGCACAUCUCCUUAUUCCGGCACUCAAAAUGUCUUCUUUCUUUUAAAGAGAAACUUCGACACAUUUUGUACUUCUAUAGUAUGCAGACUUUUAUGAGACCUGGUCAUAUUUUCAUCAUCCGUUAUACUCUUUAAACUUGAUCCUCA